CUUGUUCUGGCUUGUGACUAUUCAGAAUGAUGGCCAGAUGUAUUGCAUUGGCAGUAACAGUGAUGCUGGUGGUGGCGUGUGUGGCCUCUCCUCUCUCUGAAGACACUCCAGUGAGCACCAAUGAGUCCACACCACAGGCUGACCGCACAAUACCUGAGACACGUGUGAGACGGUCACCUCUACCUGAGGAUCAGCGAGAGCUCAUAUCCCGGCAGAUUUUGCAGGCACUGUCAGAGAUCGUUCAGAGAGAGGACUGCAUUACAGAUUAUCAAGGCUGGGUGGAUUUUGGGCGCCGGAGUACAGACUAAAAAUGUCAUUGUGCUUUCAGAUUUGACGUGAUUGUGGCAAUAUUAAAGAUAUC